GGAGCUUUAAAAUGACUGGGAAAAUCCAUGGUCUGCUGGUAGUGAGUGCCAUACUCAGUCUGGCAAAUGGAUCUGGAAAUUCCACUAAGCCCAACAUUGUAAUAAUACUGAUCGAUGAUAUGGGCAUGAACGAUGUGAGUUUUCAUGGCUCGAAUCAGAUACUCACGCCGAAUAUUGAUGCCCUGGCCUACAAUGGUAUUCUGCUCAACAAGCACUAUGUUCCGAAUCUGUGCACUCCAUCCAGGGCCACCCUGCUAACCGGAAGAUAUCCCAUACACACAGGAAUGCAGCACUUUGUGAUCAUUACCGAUGAGCCCUGGAGUCUCCCUCAGCGAGAGCGUCUGAUGCCGGAACUUUUCCGGGAGGCCGGCUAUUCCACCCACUUGGUGGGAAAGUGGCACUUGGGCUUCUGGCGAAAGGACCUUACACCCACAAUGCGCGGAUUUGACCACCACUUUGGCUACUACAACGGAUACAUCGACUACUACGAUCAUCAGGUUCGAAUGCUCGACAGGAACUAUUCGGCAGGACUGGAUUUCCGACGGGAUCUUGAGCCCUGUCCCGAGGCAAAUGGAACUUACGCUACCGAAGCCUUUACUUCGGAAGCGAAAAGGAUUAUUGAGAAGCACGAUAAGAGCAAACCAUUGUUUAUGGUGCUCAGUCACUUGGCAGUACACACGGGCAACGAGGAUAAUCCGAUGCAGGCUCCCGAGGAGGAGGUUGCCAAGUUUGCCCACAUCAAGAAUCCUAAGCGGCGCACUUACGCUGGGAUGAUUUCUAGUCUGGAUAAAAGUGUGGCUCAGACGAUUGGUGCUUUGAAGGAUAAUGGAAUGCUGAAUAACAGCAUUAUCCUGCUUUACUCAGACAAUGGUGCCCCCACUGUGGGCAUUCACUCCAAUGCGGGCUCUAACUAUCCUUACCGCGGGCAAAAGGAAUCCCCGUGGGAGGGUGGCAUUCGAUCCGCCGGCGCCUUAUGGAGUCCGCUCCUCAAGGAGCAAGGAUAUGUGUCCAAUCAGGCUAUUCAUGCCGUGGAUUGGCUGCCCACACUGGCUGGAGCUGCCGGGGUGUCCUUGCCACUGGAUCUUCAGUUGGACGGAGUUAAUCUCUGGCCUUCGCUGAGCGGCAAUGAGGAACCGAAGCCCCGAACGAUGAUUCAUGUGCUGGAUGAAGUGUUCGGCUACUCAUCGUACAUGCGAGAUAAUCUUAAGUAUGUGAACGGAAGCAGCUUUGGGGGACAAUACGAUCAGUGGCUAGGAGAUCUGGAGCCCAACGAAGACGAUCCCUUGAGCGAGAGCUACGGACAGCAUGUCCUGGCAUCGGAAGUUCAACGCGUCCUGGGAAAUCGGGGAUUAACCGAGGAUCGCAUCCUGCAGAUGAGAAGCGAAGCCACCGAGAGGUGUCCCCCUAUUGAAGGGCAGAAUCCUCUAGAGCCCGAAUUCAAAUGUGAGCCCCUAAAGGCACACUGCUUUUUCGAUUUGGCCAAGGAUCCCUGUGAGCGAUACAAUCUAGCGGAAAGCUAUCCACUUCAACUGAAGGAACUUGCCGAAGAGGUGGAUCAAAUCCGUCGGACUGCGAUUCCUAGCGCCAGAGUUCCCAAAUCCGAUUCGCGGGCCAAUCCAGCUUACCACAACGGAAAUUGGGAGUGGUGGAACGAUACGGAAACGGAUUCAAGUUCCGGUACUUGUUCGUUAAAUAUAUGGAUUAUGAUGGGAAGUAUUAUAGGCCUAGCGUAUAGAAGAUAUUUAUAGUGGUAAGUUCU